UGUCUGGGCUACCUAAUAAAGAUAUGGGUAGAGAUUUUUAUGAAACAAAGUCAAAUGUAAGUACACUUGGUGAGGUACCUAUUAUCUUCAGGUAAAUAUUUGUUAUGAUCGCAUCGACUAUAAAAGCUGACCAGAUCCAACUAAUAGGCACCAAAGCUAUUAGAGUGUUUGAACUAAGUGAAUCGAAAAGUAAUCAAGAGCUCAAUAUACAUCGAAGUAAUCGAAUUCGUCAUGGAUUCUGGAAGUUCGCAUCGUGCUCGCAAAUCUCGGACAGCGGAAGUUUGCCGUUUGUGCCUUAAGAAGCGAUAUCUCGUCGACAUCGACUGCAAUCAAUACCUUUGUAUGCAGCAAAAGGAGUGUUUUCCACAUCUAUCGCUGGACGAUAGUGAACUUCCGAGGUUUGUGUGUGGCGAAUGUUACCAACUGGUGGAGAUAACAUACCAAUUCAUCAUCAGGACACGUCGCACAGAAGUUCUUCUACGAUCAUAUGUACACAUGGGAGGAGAUUUCCCCAACGAAGGGACACUGGAAGCAGAAUAUCGUCGGAGUUCGAAACGAUCGGCAUCACCGGAGAAGGAUAACCAGGAGGAGAAACCAGAAUCGAAGAAGAGGCGAUCGUCCGAAGAGUCAUCGAACAGUAAGAAAGACAACGAGCGGAAUUCAUCGAAGCACAGGGAUGAUAGUAAGCGAGAAUCGACGAAACACAAGGAGAAGGAUUCAUCAAGACACAAACAAACAUCAAAUCGCUCAUCAUCGUCUUCAAAGCGUAAAGAGAAGGAGGGCUACAGCAAGAAGGACAGCAUGCUACCUACUAAAGCAAUGACGGAGGCUGAGUUGAAACGAUAUUAUAAUUCGGAUGAAUAUUUGUUUGGCGGAGCAGUGGAUUUGGAACCAGUUAAGACGCAAAACGACCGUGUUGAAGAAAUCCAACCCCCAAAGGAUGCGGCUAUACGGAUAGAAUCUGUUGCUAGUCAUUUAAAAGGAAUUUCGUUAGAAAUGUCAUACGAAGAAAUGGCGAAUGUUUUGGCAGCGCUUCAGACUAUUGAAAGCAGUAAAAAAGUAAGUAUGUGAAAGCUUUGAAUGGAUAUACAAUAAAUAUUUUAAAACAAUAUUACUUCUUUG